AUGAAGUUCCUGGACUUGCCCGAGCUCGCGAAGCUAUCCUCAGAGCUAUCAAUGAACCAUUCAGCCGAAUGCGUUGUACGGACUCGAGUCGAAGCUUACUCGUGCAAGUCCAUCAGUAAGGAGAAGCGCUUAUUCAAAGUACUCGAUAGCUCCUUUGUCGAUCAGCUCGCCAUUUCCCCUCCCGACAGCAAGUAUGGGAUGCCGGUCGACUCCCCUUUUGGUCCGCUCGACAAGUCCUCCUCACGGAAGAUAUUGUAUCUUCUGAUUGCUACUCUUAACGCUGCAUUCCCUGACCAUGACUUUUCCGAGGCGAAAGCUGAUCAUUUCUGCAAGGAAAAAGACGGUGCGGGAGUUCUGAAUUCAUUGUCCAAUACCCUUCUCUCCCAGCAGCAUGGGCACUCGAGUCUCUUGCUGGCGCCUUCUCCUCGCUCAUAUUCCCUCUACCCAUAUGCGUCUCGAGACGGUGUGCACGGCGUGUUCCCAAGAUCGCUGCCGACUUCAUCCUCUCCUGUGAACCACUUUCCGAAUACCCACCCUCCGAUCCUAUCAGGCACCCACCCGUAUCUUUACCGGGUUCUUGAUAGCAUAAUUUCACUGGCCAACUGUGAUGUCUACUCCUACACCCCUGAUAUGGAAUCCGACCCACAUGCCGAUGAUAGCGACGACAGCGCGUCCGACUCGUCCGAUUCGCCAGGGGAAUUCUAUGACGACACAUUUGAUUUCGAAACCGACGGAAUUACGGGAGAAGGCCUUGCUCGUUCAGCAUCACCUCAAUUCCGGGCCAAGUCCCAUUGGGACCAAUGGCUCGACGGCCCAGACGAACGUGAACCCAGAGGUCGAGUGCAAACACGUGCUAGGAAAGAGAAACGGAUUGUGUUUAUUUCGACGUGGGCCAGGAGGCGGCAUUCAGGAGAUAGCUGGAGUUCGGAGCGCUUGGACAGUUUUGCGGGAUGGGAGGGCGGGAUUGGCGCAGGCGCUCGUGCGGUUGGCUUGCGAACCAAAUCCUGA